AUGGGAGGCUUGAAGCCUAUUUACUGUGCUACGCACCCUCGUGCUUGUAGCACGGCCUUUGAACGGGUCUUUAUGACCAGAAGAGACCUGGCAUGUGUUCAUGAACCUUUCGGAGACGCAUUUUAUUAUGGUCCAGAGAGACUGAGCCCACGUUAUGAGGAAGACGAAGCAGCAAGGAAAGCCAGUGGCUUCGCAAAUUCGACCUACAAGACAGUCUUCGAUCGAUUCGACCGCGAAAGUUCUGAGGGCCAACGUCUCUUUAUCAAGGACAUGAUUUCCUAUUUGGUGCCACCGGAACAGAACCCAGCCAAAAUUGCCCCGUCCUUGGGAGCCAGGAAGCGUGGAAUCGGCACAGACAACGGCGCCAACGCUGUCAACGGAGCCAGCAGCGCCCCCUUUCCAUACAAUACAGAUGCCGAGUCUGGAAAUCCUACCAUCGUGCCCAAGGCUCUGCUCGAACAGUUUCACUAUACCUUCCUGAUUCGAGAUCCUCAUUCAAGCAUUCCGUCCUAUUUUCGGUGCACCAUUCCACCUUUGGACGAUGUGACAGGUUUCUAUGAAUUCUAUCCCCAUGAGGCAGGGUAUAGUGAGCUUCGCCGAUUCUUCGACUUCGCCAAAGAAUCUGGCCUGAUCCGCAACGAGAAUAUGGAGGAGCCAAAUGGAACGACAAAUGGCCAUAUCAAUGGCCAUAUCAAUGUCCCUGAAAUCUGUCUUGUUGAUGCUGACGACCUUCUGGACGACCCGGGAAGCAUCAUCAAGCAGUACUGCCAAAAAACUGGUCUUGAAUUCAAUCCCAGCAUGUUGAACUGGGAUAACGAAGAGGACCAAGACCGGGCCAGGUUAGCAUUCGAAAAGUGGAAAGGCUUUCAUGACGAUGCCAUCAAUUCCAAGGAUCUCAGACCUCGCAAACACAAGAAGGCUACCAAGUCUGAGGCUCAGUGGGAUGCCGAAUGGAAGGAAAAGUAUGGCGAAGAAGGAGCCCGAGUCAUUCGAGAAACUGUCAAUGCAAACAUGGACGAUUAUCUCUACUUGAAGCAGUUUGCUCUCAAGCCAUAA